UACGUCAUCUAGAUGAAUUAGCUCAAUCCUCGCUGGCGAGACCGUCUCCGAUUUUUCUUUUGCACGCACCCAAACCACAGAAGCUGAAAUUAAAGAAAUAAUCAAUGUCGUCGACUGCUUCUCCUGACCCAGGAAAAGAUCUGGUCGAACUGACUCCAGUUUUUCGUGGUGGGAAAGAUAUACAGAGGAAAUCGCCAAAGGUGUAUGAUUCAGAGCUCUGCAUGUUAGCCUUACCUCCAGGGGAGCAUCAGCUACUGACAAGAGUAACCCAAUAUCUGUUCUCUCAUGGAAUCAUUCCUGUUGUAGUCAAAAGCCCAACUGAAGCUCUUAUACACAGCAGGCACUCCAAGUUUGCAGUAAUAGCUUUGCCAGACAGUGAUCCUGCCCUUAUCAGAAAAGUUAGGUCAACUGAUGGUAUCAACUGUCAAACACCAGUGAUUGUCAUUUCAGUGGCUGAUAUUAUACCAGAAAGCACUUUGCACAUGUUGGGUAGAAAUGAGAUCCAAGAAGCAAUACACAGAACAUCAGAUCCUGAAAAGUUUGAAAAUGAUUUGAUAACAGCCUUAAGUCAUUUCAUGGGGCAGACUCAUCAUACUGUGGACCAUGGGCUUUCAAUGCUACCCAUGCCGGUCCCAAUCCAUUGGAGUACUGCCCCUUUGCAGUAUACCUCUGCUCCUGUGCCCCCAUUUGAACAUCCAGAAGGAACAGGUUUGAAAACUCCUUUAAUAAAUUAUGUGCCAAGAAAGCCAAUUCUAAGUGAAAUUCAAGAUUUAAGCAAUGAAGGGCUUGUAGACCAAGUUCAGGAAGCUGGAAACCUAUUGGUAAGUGGCCAGACUGUGACUCAAGUCGUGAAAGAAGGAUCUGCUACUCCAAAAGUCCCUCUUGCUUUGGGACUAAGUACUCAAGAAAAUUCAGAAGCUGUGUUACCUGGUAUAGAGACACUUCUGAAUGCCAUUCAAGUGGUGGAAGGUGAAUCUCCAGCGGGCAAUAGUGAAGCUCCUUGUUUUACCAAGAUCAUAGCUCUUAAUGCUCCUGACUGUCCUAAAUCAAGAUCUUGCAGCCUAGUACGUCGCAGAAGGACCCGCCGAUCUUCAACGGAGUCCCAACCAAGUGAUAAAACAACUAACUUGGAUACUGAAGCAGAAGACUCACUUAGCGAUAGCAAGAAUCCAUUGCCAGCUUGUUUGGCCGAAAAGAAACCUUACUUCCUGUCACUUGAUAGCUACAGAGAGGCCUUGGCGGAUGACCCGGACGCAAAUCCUGUGGAUAGGCACAAUUCCAAAGAAAGGCACAGAAGAAUACGAAUCACGAAAGCGGCUGAAUUCUUCAAAGCAGCGAUACCGGGCAUGGAACCAAACAUGGACAAAGCCACAGCUUUCCACCUGACAGUCCAGUACAUGGUAUUCCUAAGGAAUGCACUAAGACAACAGGAUCCAACCGUCAUUCCCAAACUUCACGAGACGUUCAAACAGGAAUGGAGUGAGGUGUUCAACAUGAAUACCCCUUCUGAUGCUGAAUAAAAUUAGCAACGCACAGCAAUUCUCAGACGUCUUCUUUCUCCAAAUAAAAGAGGAGUUCUUUUGAU